AUGGUUCAAGGAGUUUGGUCUGAUGAUUCUGCUUUACAAUUAGAGGCAACUACUCAGUUUAGAAAGCUAUUAUCAAUUGAGCGCAGCCCUCCAAUUGACGAAGUUAUUAAGGCAGGCGUGGUGCCUCGGCUUGUUGAGUUUCUUGGAAGGAAUGAAGUGCCUCAAUUGCAAUUUGAGGCUGCAUGGGCUUUGACCAAUGUUGCAUCUGGAACAUCAGAGCUUACACGGGUUGUUAUCGAUCAUGGUGCUGUCCCCAUGUUUGUGCAACUUCUUAGUUCUGGCAGUGACGAUGUCAGAGAGCAGGCUGUAUGGGCUUUAGGUAAUGUUGCUGGUGACUCACCAAGUUGUAGGGAUCUUGUUCUUAGUCACGGGGCUCUUGUUCCUUUGUUAGCUCAAUUAAAUGAGCACUCGAAGCUAUCCAUGCUAAGGAAUGCUACGUGGACUUUAUCUAACUUCUGUCGUGGCAAGCCUCCUACACCAUUUGAUCAGGUGGUUGCAUUUCUCUAUUUUCAUGAAAUAAUUCUUAACCAUAUGCAUCCAUCGCCUACAGUUCUUGUACCUGCUCUUCGGACUGUGGAUAAUAUUGUCACUGGUGAUGAUUCUCAGACUCAGUUUGUAAUUGACAAUCAAGUGCUCCCUUGCCUCUUUCAACUCCUUACACAAAACCAUAAAAAGAGCAUAAAGAAGGAAGCUUGUUGGACAAUCUUAAAUAUUACUGCUGGUAAUAAAGCUCAAAUACAGGUAUUAAAUUCUAUCUCGAAGUUUUACUUAUAUUUUUGUCAAACUUAAGUUUGUUUAAGAAUGAUGAGAGAUAAUGAAUCCAAACUUUAAUCAUCUAGUUUCCAAUGUAUCUUUUGUUGGUCAAUUAACCUUGAUUCCAAACUGAUGAAUCUUAUUGUAAUGGCA